AUGCACAUACUAUCCACACUCGCCCAGGUUCUAAGCCUCUGGGCUCCCCUUGCCGCGGCCGCAUACACACUACAAGAUGACUACGGCACGGACUCAACUUUCUUCGAUAAAUUUAGCUUCUUCACAGGCAAUGAUCCGACCCAUGGUUUCGUCAAAUACGUUGACAGAGGCACAGCCCAGAACACAGGCCUAAUCAAAGCCGACGGAUCCGUCUACAUGGGCGUCGAUUACACAAACGCCGCUCCAGGCGGCCGCCAAAGCGUCCGAAUCAGCAGUAACAAAGCCUAUAACCACGGCCUUUUCAUUCUAGAUCUAGCCCACAUGCCCGGCAGUAUCUGCGGAGCCUGGCCAGCAUACUGGCUCCUAGGCCCCAACUGGCCGAACAACGGCGAAAUAGACGUCAUAGAAGGCGUAAAUGACCAAACCAACAACCAGGUAGCCCUCCACACUAGCGACAGUUGCACAAUUGACAAUUCAGGCUUCUCCGGCUCCCUCCUCACAAGUGACUGCUACGUCAAUGCCCCCGGCCAGGCCAACAACGCAGGCUGCGGUAUUAAAGAUAACUCGGCCCAAUCCUACGGGAACGGGUUUAACAAUGCCGGCGGCGGUGUGUAUGCCACUGAAUGGACUAGCGAGGCUAUCAGUGUUUGGUAUUUCCCGCGUUCCAGCAUCCCCGGUGAUAUCGGUAGUGGGAAUCCGAAUCCGAGUGGUUGGGGGACGCCAUCGGCGAGGUUUGCCGGAGCUUGCAAUAUUGAUUCGCAUUUUAAGGAUCUGCAGAUUAUCUUCGACACGACUUUUUGUGGGGACUGGGCGGGCGGUGUUUGGGGGUCGAGUAGUUGUGCCUCGAAGGGAUCUUGCAAUGAUUGGGUGGCUAAUAACCCUGCUGCGUUUAAGGAUGCAUUCUGGCGUAUUAACUCGCUGAAGGUUUAUCAGGGCGGGGCUGCGAGCGUUGCAAGCAAUGUGACUGAGUGGAAGAUGGAUGUAGGUAUCGGAAAACGUUCGUUUAUCAGACAGCGGAGGGAGAAUUGGAGGAAUUGA